AUGGCUAAACGAUUGUCCACCAAGUUCUAUAUCAUAUUAAUUUUAGUUAAUGGGCUCAUAUCAAUUCCAGCCAUGUUUUCUAUGGGGAUGUUAUUUGAACAUUCGAUAAACGUGAGCCAAGCCGUAGUUAAUUUUAAUUCAUUUAAACGAAAUCGAUCAAACAUAUUUCAAUAUAUUAUGGUUAAUUGUUCACAAUUGCUACAUGAAUAUCCACAAUUUUAUAUUUUUCCUCAUGUCGAUCUGUGCACAAAUUACAAUUUAUCAUUAAUGAUUGGGAAAAUGGCCGUGUUAUUGUCGACUUUAUUCAAUACCUAUUUGCCCUACGGCUUGUAUGGGCCACCGUUGAUACCAGUAAUCAUAAUGGCAGUCGCAUCAAGUCUACUAUUUUAUACAAACUUCACAAAUAAUGAGUGGGACAUUGCUGUAUUAGAAUCAUUGUCAAUAGUAGCCGGUUAUUUGUUAAUUAUUUUUCAUUAUGCAUUUCCAAAUUUCGAUCAACGGUUGUCAGCCAUAUACAUUCAGGUGAAACAAUCCCAUGUAAUGAAAACCGCAUAAAAAUCGGCGGUUAACCGCGGCUUUACCGGUUCGGUUACCGGCUCUCAUUACCGCAGAACGGAUAAAUACCGCGGUUUACCGCAAAAAUUGAUCCGGUAUUGGCAACAUGGGAUGGUUAUCAAUAGAUGACAAUGCAAGCAUUUAUGACAAUGUUCCUCAAUUAGAAGAUACAUAUGCACAGUGACAGUCCUCAUGCGUCUCUAAUAGUCAGAUAUACUGUUCAUGUCGACUUUUUUCUUUUCUUUUCUAUUUUUACAUUGAAGCUUUUUUUUUAUUUGAUCGAUGUUCAUUUAAAAAAUAAAGUUGGUAUAAAUCCUGAUCUUUUUUAUCUCAUAUUUUCGUCUCACAUGUCGAUAGAUGGCUAAACGAUUGUCCACCAAGUUCUAUAUCAUAUUAAUUUUUUCUGUGGACAUAUUCUAUGAGCCAUAGAUGCAGAGUGUACCCACGUGCACUUACGGGCAUGUACGGAAAGUUUUUGAAAAUUUAUUAACAUCUCGAAGCAUUUUUCCCUUCUAGGUAGGAAAAACUUUACAGUUUUUCAGACGAAUCUUAGUUUAUUUACAAAUGCACCGAGAAGAUGGUGUAGCUUUCUUCUUAUUUUUCGUGUUAUUUAAAUUGUGAAACAAUCAUCCAUAUCUUUCAUGUAGUGUCAGUACCGUUCUUUUUUUGGUUUGCUUUUACAACACAGUUCGUUCGAUGAAGAAAUAAUGUUAUAGUGGAAUGUACCACCAAUAUGUUGAGAUUAUCUAUUUAUUAGAUGUUCACUGAAUGAUUAUUUUAGUCAUGUCGAUGAAAAGCAGUGAACAAUAUCAAGUUUGAAAAGUUGAUUCUCUGCGCUUAAUUGUUUAAAUCAAUUUUAUGCGAAGUACAAGUACGAAGAUUACUCGAAUCCAACGAUAUUGAAUCAUAAAUGUCUUUUUUGCUAAUGUGUGCUUGCAAUAUCUGAAGAAGUUGUGAUUUUUUUUGCCAUAUAAAUCUGACAAGGGAAUUGCUCCUUUUUUAGUUAAAUUUUGGCGUUGAGGAAAUUUUUUAUUUUUGCGACAGACUGUACUUCUGCUGAGAGCAUUAUUGUUUUCUCACAGAAAGAUUUCAAAGUAGAUCCAACUGUGUGCUAUUAAGCGGAUGAAUAUCAAUAUAAUUUGAUCUAAGUUAAACGUACAAUACUAUAGAUUUUGAGUUCACUUCAAGAUAGGGAUGUGCAGUGUCGGUUUACUGACCACCGACUUGCAUCGACGGUGUGUCCAGUGGAGCACUGACUACACCGACACUGUAUCCAGUGGAGCACCGACUUGCACCGACGGUGUACUCCAGUGGAGCACCGACUACAC